GGGCUGUAAACCACAGUGCUCAGGAAGGAAUGUACAUGCCAUUCAGCCACUCCUGCAGAGGUGACCACAGCCUCUGGAAGAAAGGUGAGGUGAGCAGCUGAGGGUAGAAGCUGUUCCAGCUGUUCCAUCGUAAUUUUCCUGCAAACACAAAGUCUCUGUGGACUUCCUUUGCUGAUGGCAGAGUCAGACUGAGAAUAGAUAACUCGUGUCCACAGACUCCCAUAACAGUUCAUCAGAUGUUCAAGGAGAGCCUAGAAAAAUAUGGAUCCCUUAAUGCUUUGGCCAGCAAAAAGAAUGGAAAGUGGGAGAAGAUAACUUUUUCAGAGUAUUAUUACCUAUCGAGGAAAGCAGCUAAGAGCUUCUUGAAGCUUGGUCUUGAACGUUUCCACAGCGUAGCAAUCCUUGGAUUUAAUUCUCCAGAAUGGUUCAUCUCAGCUGUUGGAGCUGUUUUUGCUGGAGGAAUUGUCACAGGAAUAUAUACAACCAAUUCUCCAGAGGCCUGCCACUACAUUGCUCAUGACAGCAAAACCAAUAUCAUGGUUGUGGAGAAUCAGAAACAAUUGGACAAGAUAAUGCAGAUCUGGAAUCGCUUGCCACACUUGAAAGCUGUUGUGCUAUAUAAGGACUCCAUUCCAGAGAGACAGUCAAAUUUGUAUACGAUGGAAGAGUUUCUGGAGUUGGGAGAUGACAUAUCUGAUACUACUUUGGAUGAUAUUAUUAACUCCCAAAAGCCAAAUCAAUGCUGUGUACUAAUAUACACAUCCGGAACAACUGGGAAGCCAAAAGGAGCCAUGCUGAGUCAUGACAAUAUAACUUGGACAUCAGCACAUUGCAGCAGAGCAGGAGAUAUGCAACCUGCAGAGGUCCAACAGGAGUCUAUAGUCAGUUAUCUCCCACUCAGCCAUAUAGCUGCGCAGAUAUAUGACCUGUGGACUGGAAUCAAAUGGGGAGAGCAAGUUUACUUUGCUGAGCCAGAUGCUCUGAAGGGCAGCUUGAUCAACACACUAAAAGAAGUGCAGCCAACAUCUCACAUGGGAGUUCCCCGAGUAUGGGAGAAAAUCAUGGAGAAAUUAAAGGAUGCUUCUGCUCAGUCAGGAUUUAUGAAGAAGAAAAUCCUGUCAUGGGCUAUGUCACUUAGCUUAGAGAGGAACCUAAACUGCUCAAGCAGCAGUGAUUUAAAGCAGUUGUGGACAAGGCUGGCAGACUAUUUGGUGCUUGCAAAAAUACGCAAUGCGCUGGGUUUUUCUUCCUGUCAGAAGCACUUUUCUGGUGCUGCUCCUCUCAAUACAGAAACACUGUAUUUCUUCUUGGGUCUGAACAUCACGCUGUAUGAGGCCUAUGGGAUGAGUGAGACCACAGGCCCACAUUGCCUAUCCGGGCCCUAUAUAUACAGGCAGCACAGCUGUGGUAAACCAGUACCUGGCUGCAGGGUGAAAUUGGUGGAUGAAGAUACCGAAGGCAAUGGAGAAAUCUGUUUCUGGGGAAGGACUGUUUUCAUGGGUUAUUUAAAUAUGGAAGACAAAACAAAAGAAGCCUUUGAUAAGGAUGGGUGGCUGCAUUCUGGAGAUUUAGGAAAACUAGACAAGGAUGGCUUUCUCUAUGUCACUGGAAGAAUUAAAGAUUUGAUUAUUACAGCUGGAGGUGAAAACGUGCCUCCAAUUCCAAUUGAAGAUGCUGUUAAAAAAGAACUCCCAAUUGUUAGUAAUGCUAUGGUGAUCGGAGAUAAAAGGAAGUUUUUGUCAAUGUUGCUGACCCUAAAGAGCGUGCUGGACCCAGAUACGUCUGAUCCCACUGACAUUCUCACUGAGCAAGCUAGAGACUUCUGCCAGAAGACUGGUAGUAAAGCCACUAAAGUAUCAGAGAUUGUAGCUACAAGAGACCAGGCGAUCUACCAGGCCAUUCAGGACGGAAUCAACAAAGUCAACAUGAAUGCUACUAACAGGGUUCAUUGUAUUCAAAAAUGGAUAGUCCUGCCAAGAGAUUUUUCCAUUUCGGGGGGAGAACUAGGUCCGACAAUGAAGUUAAAACGGCUCGCCGUGCUUGAGAAAUACAGAAAUGAAGUAGACUCCUUCUAUGAAGAAUAAGCAGCCUUUCAUCCAAGCAUUAAGGAAGAUCUGUGAGCUAAAGAAACUAUUUCCUAAUCAAAAGCAUUAAUGAAGAUGCUUUUGUUUUGGUUUUGUAGUCUACUGAACUGAACCACUAGAACACUGCUGUGUCAAUUUAGUUGUUCCUGAUACUCACCUGAUAGUUUGUCCUCUUUUUACAGAAGCAUCUACAGAGUGUCUGUUUUCUAAUACUGUUUUUACUUUAUGCCCUAAAUGAUUAAGAUUAAAAACAUCCU